GGGACCGAAAACACAUGGAUUUUUUUUAUUAACCGAAAACAGAAGAGAAAACAGUCCGGCGAACCCGAGCUUUGGUGUCAGGACACGCUCAUCUCCCCAAACCGAACACUAUUGGAAACAUUUGGUUCCGGAUGGAGAUAUUGGGCAGUACGUUUGAUGACUCGGUGUUUAUUGAAGCCCGAGACCGAGUGGUCGAGUCUCUGUCGCCGUUCAAGGCGAAAACGUGUGAGCCGCAGUGGUUUUGUCAGAGUGCCGCUCUCAAUACUGAUGAUUUUUUGGAGAAACAAAAAGUGUACAAGUUUAGAGGAGACUUGGCUGUGAGACAAGGCAACUAUCAGAGAGCUUUGGAGGCGUACGGCAACUGUCUGCAGUGGACCCCCGACAACAACCUGACUAUCAGGCGAGAUGUGCUGGAGGGAAUGGCCCGAUGCUGCAUCAACCUGGGACAGAGGGACAAAGCCCUGGACCUGACUCAUUUACUGAGCAAAGAAGCCUCCAACACGUGCCACCUGAUCAGCCUACUGCUGCUGAAGGUCAGCAUCUACCAGCAUUUUGGGGUGGUGGGAUCAAAGAUAUCAUGUCUGCAGCAGCUGUGCAGCCUGGUGCCCUUCAACCCCUGGCACUGGUUCAGCUUGGGACAGACGUGUGUGCAGCUGCUGGACGGGAACACGACCACAGCAGCAGAGUGUGGGGAUGGAGGGAGUGUGAAGCAACAGGAGGAUUCUGCAGAGCUCAGUCAGGACCAGAUCUGGCUCAAAGCUUCCAUGUGUUUCAUCAGGACAAGACUCCUGCUGAGGAUCCUUCAGCAGCAGCAGUCGUCGUUCGUGCUGCAGCGCAGUGAAAAGGUUCUUCAGAUCACCACGGAGGCGUUAAAGCGGCUAAAUCCCAAAGAAACAACUCUGCAGGCUCUCACUGAGGUGAUGUCAGAGGAUCUGGUCCCGGACAAGAUGAGGGAAGACUACCAGGAUGGCGAGAGUCUUGCCAGCGUGUGUUUACAGAGCUUCAUAGAGCGCUGGUGGGACAAAGUCUUACUGACGGGCGCAUUAGAGACUGAUCGGGCGCCGGCGAAGCCCUGAAGCUCCGCCGCUGAAGCUCCGCCGCUGAAGCUCCGCCGCUGAAGCUCCGCCGCUGAAGCUCCGCCGCUGACGCUCCACUGCUGACACUCUGCAGAGAAGUCAGCAGACAGGAGACGACUCAAGAACACGCUGAAGAUAUUUCAGUGCAAUAUUGCCUGUAUUGCUGAAAACCUUAAUAUUUAGAAAAACAUAUUCAGAGGUAAAACUUGCAAUUUGAUAGUAUUUCUAAUGUCAUCCUUGUUUAUAAUGUAAAAACAUAGCAGCUGCUUACCGACGUUUGGAUUUGUGAUUUAUCUAACCUGAUUUAUGCCUUAAUGUAAAUGUUUUUUAUGCACAUGCUUGUGUUUCUUUACUUACGCUCAACUGACUUUUUUUGUACAUCUUGCAAACUAAAAAUGUUAAAAAUCUAGACUGUAGAAUGAAUGUUAUAAAUGGUGGAUCCAUGUAUUAAGUAUAUUAAAUGAAAUGUGUUUUUGGCUCCACUGCUUCUCCUGCUGUGUUGAGAGAAGAUGAACACUGCUCAAUAAUAAUAAAAAUAAAAUCAAUGGACAUCAAUCUAUGUGUCUGUUAAGGACAAUAUGAUGUUUGAAGGGGCUUUAUUAUUUAGUUUUGAUCUCUGUUUGUAUUGAUCAACAAAAACUAAUCAGUUACAUUUGUAUCCGCUGGGACAAAAAGGCAGUAAUAUUUCUCAGGGAUGGCUGUUGCUAGUGGACCAAAAAUGUCCCGCAUAACACCAAAAAGACCGUAUGUUGACAUCUUAAAACAAGUAUUUAUUAUAAAAGGAGGAAAAUAAAGAACUUGCAAUGUU